UACUUGGAGCUGAAUUUGUCAUUUUUGUCCUCUUUCUUCCACCCCCUUGGUGCAGCAUCUUCGAAAGGGAGGAUCCAAGCCCCAGGUCUGGGAGCAGUCUAGCUGAUUUGGAGCGGCGCCAAGCCGAGAGGAAGAAGGAGAUCAUGAAGGCCCAGGCCAUGCCCAAGAUGUCCGCCUCGCAGGCGCGCAAGGCCAUGAUCGAGAAGCUGGAGAAGGAGGGCGGGAGCCCCGCCAGCCCCGCGAUGGCCCGGGUGGCCAUCCAGCGCUCCUCCAGCUUUGGGGUCCCCAACGCCAACACCAUCAAGCAGAUGCUCCUGGACUGGUGCCGUGCCAAGACACGGGGCUACGAGCACGUGGACAUCCAGAACUUCUCCUCCAGCUGGAGUGACGGCAUGGCCUUCUGCGCCCUCGUCCACAACUUCUUCCCCGAGGCCUUUGACUACACGCAACUCUCGCCCCAGGACCGGAGGCACAACUUUGAGAUGGCCUUCUCCGCAGCUGAGACACAGGCAGAAUGCCCGCAGUUGCUGGACGUGGAAGACAUGGUCCGGAUGAGGGAACCAGAUUGGAAGUGCGUUUACACGUACAUCCAGGAGUUCUAUCGCUGUCUGGUUGAGAAGGGGCUGGUCAAAACCAAAAAGUCUUAACCUUCCCUUCUGCAGCG